CCACCACCUAUACCUGCUAGAUCUUGGAGAUUAUUGACUCACCCGGAACUUACAGAGUCCAUUAUCACCCAAUUUGGCCUCUGCUAAGCCAAAAUCAUAACACUGUUGCGCAUCUGAGCUGUAGCCCCUCACAUACCUCCGGUACAGCCGCCCGCGGUGAUCGUCUUCCGUCAUCUGCGUGAGAUUGAAUUCACAUUUUGCCCACGAUGGCUUCUACCGAUCCGUCCCUUCGAUGGAAAUACCUGUAUAAUGUCUUGAGCAAGCCUGGCCCCCAAAGCGACGAGGACUGGGUGCCUGGGCCAGAGACGAUAACUGCUCUGGAGAGUUCCAAAGUUCUAGUUAUAGGAGCUGGCGGACUGGGAUGUGAGAUUCUCAAAAACCUAGCCUUGUCUGGCUUCAAAGACAUCCACGUCAUCGAUAUGGACACCAUUGACAUUUCCAACCUGAACCGACAAUUCCUGUUCCGCCAGUCGGACAUCGGGAAACCGAAGGCAGAGGUCGCCGCGUCCUUCGUAGAGCGCCGGGUCAAAGGCGUUAAGAUCACCCCGUACGUUGGGAAGAUCCAGGACAAGGAUGAAGAUUAUUACAUGCAGUUCAAAAUGGUCGUGUGCGGGCUUGAUAGCAUCGAAGCCAGACGCUGGAUCAAUGCCACGCUCAUCGGCAUGGUCGACCCCGAAGAUCCCGAAAGCCUGAAGCCGCUAAUCGACGGCGGUACCGAAGGAUUCAAGGGACAAGCGCGUGUGAUCCUGCCCACCCUAUCGUCGUGCAUUGAAUGCCAGCUCGACAUGCAUGCCCCCCGACCCGCCGUCCCACUUUGCACGAUCGCCACCAUCCCGCGACAGCCUCAGCACUGUAUCGAAUGGGCGCACCAGAUCGCGUGGCAGGAGAAGCGCAAAGACGAACCGUUCGACAGCGACGACAUGGAACACAUCAGCUGGGUGUACAACGCUGCGCUGGAGCGCGCGAAACAAUUCAACAUCCACGGCGUCACGUUCCAGAUGUCCCAGGGCGUGGUGAAAAACAUCAUCCCGGCCAUUGCCUCGACGAACGCGGUCAUUGCAGCGGCCACGACCUCGGAGGCCUUGAAGAUCGCCACCUCGUGUAACCCCUACCUCGAGAACUACAUGAUGUAUGCCGGCGAGGAGGGCGUAUACACGUAUACCUUUGAGGCGGAGAAGAAGCCUGACUGCCCCGUGUGCGGAAACCUGGCGCGGAAGAUGACGGUCGACCCCGAGAUGACGCUGGAGGCGUUUAUUGAGACUCUGGGUGAGCGGCCCGAAGCGCAGCUGAAGAAGCCCAGUAUGAGAACGGAGGAAAGGACCCUGUAUCAGCGCUUCCCGCCCCAGCUCGAGGAGCAGACGCGGGCGAAUCUGAAGCGCAAGCUCAGAGAGCUGCUGGAGGACGGGCAGGAAGUCGCGGUCAGUGACCCGGCGUAUACCAUUGAUUUCCGCUACCGGUUGGAAUUUAGCUAGAAUGGUGCAUGAGGUGCCAGAAUAUUUACCAGUUCUUGAAAUGAGACAUGAUUUAGUUACGAUCAGUGGAUACGGCCCCUAUGACUGGAUAUGAAUACAAAACGAAG